CAACGCUCAACCAUCCUCCACAAUCAUCAUCCAAGGCUUUCGCUAGACUUUAUCUACCGUGACUCGUACUUCCUAGAAUAACUGAAAGAAUGUCUGAGAAAAGAACCCCGGCGGUUCUGCCCAAAGCCCUUCGUAUACCAGGACUGAAUAAACUACACGGGAAGCGCGUCGUUCUUGCAUCCGGGAGUCCUCGUCGCAAGGAGCUUCUGGAAACCUUCGGUCUGGUUCCCGAAACAAUACCCUCCAAGUUCGAAGAAGAUCUGAACCCACACGAUUUCGAAGAUAUCCAUGAGUAUCCUGUAGCCACCGCAACGCACAAGGCAGUAGAGGUCUACGAGAGACUCGUUACAGAAAACCCAGACGACGGGCCUGACCUAGUAAUCGGAGCCGAUACUGUCGUGCUCACACAUGCACAACCGUCCACUACACAAACCUCAUAUUCCGAGCUGCCACACACGCGGCAGGAGCUGCUAGAGAAGCCGGACAACAAAGCGGACUGUCUAAGGAUGUUGCUGGACUUGAACGGUAGUGUCUGUGAGGUUGUAACAGGGGUUACCGUCAUAUACCCGAUCUUGACCUCCCCCGGAUACGCGAUGAGAUCUAUCGAGGAGCGAACCCUUGUCUUCUUCUCGGACAACCCAACGUACCUGCUCGAGGCCUACGCCGACUGUGGGGAAGGUCUUGAUCGUGCCGGCGGGUUUGCCAUCCAGGGUCUCGGGGGCAUGCUAAUCCGCAAGGUCGAAGGCGACUACAACAACGUUGUUGGUUUCCCAACGGCUUCAUUCUUCCGCUUCUUGGACCUGCUCGUGGAAGAGGAGGAUGACUUCUUGGCUUUGUGAUUCAAAGGAGCAUGGACUUUAUUCAAUAUCCGGUGAAUGGCCAUUGUAUCACUAAUCGAUGCAGCGUUUGGAUGUUCGUCGUCAGGCAGCUGUAGAAUCUACUGGUUGCGCAUGGCAUAUGGUGUGGCGUUGCCAGGUUGUUGAUUUAGGCUGUUUUCGAUCAUUAAUGAAGCCUAUCUCC